CCCCUUGCCUCCCUCCCCUCUCCCGUCCCGCCGCCGCCAGGGAGAGGAGAGACACCACGCACCCAGCUCGACCACAGCACAGCACCCCUACCACGCGAGGCGGCGAGAGGUCGUCCGUAGCCAAAGCGAUGGCGAACCAGCGGCAGCGGCUUGCGCGGAAGCGGUUCCGCGAGGCGAACCCCAGUCUCUGCCCUCCCAACCCCACCCCUCCCGCCGCCGACGGCGCCAAGAAGAAGAAGAAGAGCAGGAAGAAGAGCGUGUUCAAGAGGACGGGUAAAGCCGGCGGCGGAGGCGCGGGGAGGUCGAAGCACCCGCUGCGGGUCCCCGGAAUGCGGCCCGGCGAGCGGUGCUUCAUCUGCAAGGCCACGGACCACGUCGCCAAGGCCUGCCCCGAGAAGGCCCUUUGGGACAAGAACAAGAUUUGCUUGCUCUGCAGGCAACGUGGUCAUAGCUUGAAGAAUUGCCCAGAGAAAAAUGAUGAAAAUCUAAAGAAAUUCUGCUAUAACUGUGGUGAAUCUGGGCACUCACUUUCCAAGUGCCCCAAGCCUAUUGAAAAUGGGGGUACAAAGUUCGCAAGUUGUUUUGUCUGCAAACAGCAGGGGCAUUUGAGCAAGAAUUGUCCUGAAAACAAGCAUGGCAUUUAUCCAAAGGGUGGUUGCUGUAAGAUAUGUGGUGAAGUUACACACCUUGCUAAGCAUUGUCCAAACAGAGGGAGGGAAGACUUGAUAUCUGCCAGGAAUGAUGCUCUCAAUACCGAGGAGCAUCACCUGGAAGACAAUGCUGUUCUCCGGGGUGGAGACGACCUUGACGACGAUUUCAUUGAAGAAGAAGAACCAAAGCCCACCAAGGCAAAGAAAGCAAAGCAAUCCAGUUCAAAUUCAACCACAGGUACAGGCGAUGGCGACAAGAAUGCUAACACGAAGGCCAAAGCAAAACAAGCUCCUAAAGUUAUCUUGAAAGAUCGGUCUCUUGCAAUCGCCAUUGCCCAUCGCCCUCCUCGCGCGUCGAUCCAAUACAUCUCUCGUCAGUGUCGUCGCCGUCGUCCCGGCUGCGGGAAGAACAGGGCCGGGACCGAAUUGACCCCAUCGACCAUGGCGAACUCGGCGUCGGGGAUGGCCGUGGGCGACGAGUGCAAGCUCAAGUUCCAGGAGCUCAAGUCGAAGAGGAGCUUCCGCUUCAUCACGUUCAAGAUCGACGAGCAGACGCAGCAGGUGGUGGUGGACAGGCUGGGCCAGCCCGGCGACACCUACGACGACUUCACCGCCUCCAUGCCCGCCAGCGAGUGCCGCUACGCCGUCUUCGACUUCGACUUCGUCACCGACGAGAACUGCCAGAAGAGCAAGAUAUUCUUCAUCUCUUGGUCCCCGGACACGUCGAGGGUGAGGAGCAAGAUGCUGUACGCGAGCUCCAAGGACCGGUUCAAGAGGGAGCUGGACGGCAUCCAGGUGGAGCUGCAGGCGACCGACCCCAGCGAGAUGAGCAUGGACAUCGUCAAAGCGAGAGCCCUCUGAGCCUCUGAUGAAACUCAACUAUUAAGAUGCUAGUAGUAAUCCGAAGCCUCUUUUAAUCAAUCGAUCGUGCUACCUGAUCAAGCGAUCGAGCAUGCUCCAGCAGGGGAAAAAAUGCAUGUUUUUUUUUUUUUGCAUCGGUUCCUGCGUAUGCCUGCAUAGUUUGGCCCUACUACAUAUGUGCAUGUGCAUGCGUAUGCCGGUUUUUGCCAGAGGCUUGUAAAUUAGAUAAGAUGAUCCUACGUUCUUCCGUUCGAUACAUAUUUUAGACGGCACAGCGUGGCAUUUCUGUACCGCUUAAAAUCAGCAGUUUUCCAUCCUUCAUCUUCUCACGCACGUAUACUGAAUCCCAAAAAGAAAAAAAAACCCACUCCAUCACCUUGAAAAAGCCCCAAAAAACAUAAUAAAUAAAC